CCAAACUUUGAGUAGUUAUUUUUUGAUGUUUGUGCAGAAUGGAAGGACAGGAGGUAGACUCGGAAGACUGGCUAUCAGAUGAAGCAUUGCUUCUUGGCUUUGCACCUGGCAUGUGGCUUGUCAGCAGCAGAGAACCUGCAGAAGGAAUGGGAAGCGUGGUGGGAAGCAGGGCAUACUCAGAUGAGCGUGUGGGAUCACUCGUGGCUGACUCCACGACUGGUUUGUGGCUUUCGAUUCAUGCGAAUUCCCGCCAAAUCUGGAAUAGAAGGAGGUAUGUUUUUGCCACUGCCAGUGAUGGGUGUGGAAAACGAGCGCCUGAGCGGUGAAUACACCAACCUGGAACGGAAGGAUGAGCAUCUCUUGUGGAUCUUUGAUGGAACUGGCUUCCAGCAUCGCGCGCUUCAGUUCUAUCACAGUGGAGGGCCCCCUCCCAUGGAGGACGUCUGGUUGCUGACUUUGAUCGCUGCAGUACCCACGACCUUGAAAAACAAUGUGAUGUCUGGUAGUGCAUUGAUGGAGUUGCAAUGCUCUGCGAUGGUCCUGUUGUGCAGUUACCUCUUCGCAGAAUACAUGGUUAUGUUGGUGCCACCGGCGGUUUUGCUGAAAUAUUUUCAGCACACCUGGGAGGUGCACAGUCGAGUUGGGACCGUGGAAACGGUAGAUGAGAUGAUGUCUCACUUCAGUAGCUUCGAGCCCCUGAGCACGGCCAUGGAACGGUUCCAAGGAAUCCUACAUGCUCGUAGCCAAGUGGUUCGUUGUGCCAGCGAACGCUCUCAGCAUCUCGAACCCUGUCUGAUGUUGCAACAGCUGGGAGGUUCGGUCUUUGGCGGUGUUCCAGUGCAAAGGCCCUUGGUGGAUGUGUUGAUCGUCAGAUGUGGGGAAGAUCUUCGUUGGGUGAUGGAAUGGUUGAAGCGAAUUCUGCGAGAUGAAUGGACCCCAGAGGUGCCUGGUUUACAGGUGCGCUUGGUGAUUUACGAGAAAUGCCUGGUGCCGGAGGCAUCAACUGCGGGAGCUGCGGAGCCAGGUCCGAGUGGUCUUUCUGGGCAGCAAUUGCUGGAUGAUCUGCGCGACAUUGAGGUCAUUCAUCCAGGAAGUGUUGUGAUCGAGUUGAAGGAGCCAGAAGGAUUUGAAAAUGUGGCUUAUGUGCACUACUGCAUGUCAAAGGCCUGGAGGAAUGCCGAUUUUGUCAUGUUUCUUCAUGGUUCUCCUUUCGACCACACCAAUGAAAGGAUGUUAGACGACGUGCUGAGGUCGAUGGCUCAGGGGACCUAUGGAGUACCCUUUGUGCAUUUGAACAUCAACCGCCUGCCACGGAUUGCUGUUGAGCCCUGCUUGCAAGUCCUGAUCAGGCCGGCCCUAAACGCUUGGCAUGCUGGGCCUGCUGAUUUGCCGUUGGACAUGUCAACCUACUGCUGCACGCAGUUUGUCGUGUCCCGUCAACGAAUGGAGCGCGUGCCUGAUGGCUUUUGGAAUGUGGUCUGGCAAUCCUUGCAUCAUCGCCUGAGUUUGAACGGUACAGCCGUUGACGGUUCGCCUGCAGCUUGCAGACUGGCAGCUCGGAGAGUUUACGAGCAGCGAACAGAAAGGAAUGGACACACUCCGGUGGCUGACUUCGGUUUGUGGGGGGAGGUCUUGGAAAGGGCGUGGCAUUGGAUCUUCGGCGAAGAUCCAGUUUUGCCUUCACGUGAGGCAGAUGCUCGACUGCCGCUUUUCUUACGGGUCCCGAGGGUGCGCACCGACGUGGAAGGUGGACCACGAGGUACCAUCCGGGAUCGAGUUUCCAUGCCAGACUGGGGCUUCGAUCCGGGCUUUUGGGGCACGCCUCCCAUUUUGGCCAACGUCACUGGAGAGGGGACCACUCCCUCGGUGUCUACGAUCCCCACUGGUGCCUUUGCGAGGACAGCCCGGCCGAAUUGGAAGCUGCCGGCUUGGGUAGAGCGGUGGUUCGAGCAAGACGAAAAAAAGAUCGAGGUCGAACCAUUGCAGUUGGCUUUGCGGAGCCUUUGGUGCUUGUUUCCAGAUUCCAUAGAUUCCGCAUGGUUCUACGGCACUGCAGGAUUUUUCUGGCAAAAGGAUGCAAAAGGCAAAAGACGAAGGAUCCAUGCAGGUAAAUAG